AUGAGACUGGACCCCAAUGGCGACUCUUCGAACUUCCCAAAGCGUGCAGCACUGCCACAGACAUCUGGGACACCAAAAGGCAACGCCUGGUUUUGGGGCGGCAACGAUGAACUUGGACGCUUGAACCUUCUUACUCCACAGCGAAUAGCAAAGGUCACCCAAGAAAGCGUCAAAACUGGUGACUCCAUCUCCCUGGACCUUCCUCUCGACGUCCCAGGCCCAGCCUUGUUCGGUCGCGCACCACUAAAACACUACAUCAAAUCAAUUGGUUUCGGCGCCUUCGACGACGAAGUAUCCUACAACACGCAAUCCAGCAGUCAAUGGGACGGAUUCCGUCAUUUUGCAAAUCCAGAAUAUGGCUGUCACUACAACGGCAUGCCAUCUGAUGAAAUCAUUGUCGACAACAACGACGAUGCUGCCAGAGAACAAGAAAACGAUGACCCACCAAUCCCCUUUCGCAAACUCGGCAUCGACGCCUGGGCAAAGAAAGGCAUCAUAGGCCGCGGCGUCCUCCUAGACGUCUACACAUGGUCCCGUACCCAAACCAACCCCUACGAUCCCUUCCUCCACCACAAUAUCACCGCCUCGGACCUUAUCGCUUGCGCCGCCUCUCAAAACACGACCUUCCAAACCGGCGACAUCCUCCUCAUCCGCACCGGCUGGCUCUCCACCUACCACGCCCUCACGUCCGCCCAGAAGCAAGACCGCGGCACCAUGGACCUCGCAUCUCAUUUCUACGCCGGCCUGGCUGCAGACGAGGAAAUGAAGGAUUUCCUACACGACAAUUACUUUGCGGCUGCUGCUACUGACAAUGUGAAUUUCGAGGCUUGGCCCCCGGAGAGCUUCGCGAGUAGCUUGCAUGCGUCUAUGCUGAACAAAGUCUAUCUCUACUCAGCCAAACGACUACAUACUCUGCUUCAGCAAUUUUUCAACUCCAUUAAAACAAUGUCCAACUCCCCCGACAAAAAGAUGCCAGGUCGCAUCACCGAUCCAAAUCCAACAAAGAGUCUUAACGCCGAACACACGCUUCUCCCAGACCACGAGUCAAGUAAAAUUGAGGCCGGCUUCGACCCAAAAGGAUAA